AUGCGGUAUACAUUAGUCUUGACUACUCUUCUUUCUCUUUGCCUCCCCUUCACCAGUGCGGCAGACCCUCGUUAUUGCCAGGGAAAGGCGACUCUGGACACCAAAGAUUUCACCCUUGAAGAAAGAGAAACUCCUGACCUACCUAAGCUCGCAAAGUACUUCGAGUCAAAGGGUAAGGUUGCGACUGUCACUGCAGUUCUUCAAUCUGCGAAUCGCGAAUUAAGAAAGGGUAAGCCCUCGAAUAUUGGAUCCGGGUCUCCCGUCGAAUCAUGGGCUUGGAAUUCAGGCGACGACAAGACGACGAAGUGGGUUCCGCAAGGAAUCACCAGCUCUGCCGAUGCUUUCGGGAAGGGUACCUGGAAUGAUCACGAGGCGUGGAUUGUCAGUUGGUAUCAAAAGGGAGACAGUGUGCGGGUCAGCUUUAUUGAUCGCAAAACACACAAGUAUCGCCAUGUGAUGCUCGUGUAUCCGAUUGCCGAAGAUGACUUCAAAUCCGUCGAAGUUCACGCUGGUGGUAUCGCUUGGUAUGGGAAUGUGCUAUAUGUUGUCGAUACCAACAAUGGUAUUCGUGCAUUUGACCUGGACAAUAUCUGGGAGGUUGAUAUUGGAGAUGGUGUUGGAAAAACCAAAGACGGAAAAGGGCAUACUGCGGAUGGGUAUAAAUAUGUGCUUCCUCAGAUCCGCUGGUAUAAAUGGACUCCUGGCAAGGAAUCCCCCUUCCGCUUCUCUUGGAUUUCUCUAGACCGCAGUGACUCACCCGACACCCUCAUGGUAGGUGAGUUUGUGCGCGAUGGAGAAACUUUCAAAGAUGCCGAGAAGACGCCAGUUCCUAUUCGCUAUGUGAAAUACAAUCUAGAUGCUAAUACCCGGCGGCUGCACACCGAAAACGGCAUCGCUACCGCAAGCUGGGCGCACUGUGUCGAUAUACCCAACGUACAGGGUGCUGUUUCAUAUGGCAGCAAGUUUUACAUCUCGCGCAGUACAGGCAGAGCUCCCAAGAAGGGUGAUCUUUUUAUUUGGGAAGAAGGGAAGACGGCCAAACCGUACAAGGGGUGGUUUCCGGCUGGAAAUGAGGACAUGAGUUUCAAUCCAGUGCGCAAGGAGUACUAUACUGUCACUGAGUAUGAUAAAGAUCGGUACAUUCUGGCUUAUAAGGGAGCCUAG